AUGGCGGACUACGAUGCUACGGAUACUACCCUUAAGCUCUCCGAUACGGACACCGACAGUAGCGAAGAUGAGUCCGAGGAAGAGCAGGUCGAAACCCUUGUUGCUGGUCGGGAGCGACGAAAGACUGCUGGCAACCGCUAUGAUAGGGAUAUGGUCUUAGAGGAAGUUGCAGCCGUUGACGAAGACGCCGAUGAGGUUACUCUCUUGUUCGCCGACAAUGAAGAUGAAGAGGACGAAGAAUUCAAAAGCAGCGAAGAAGAGGAGGAUGCCGACCUGUCUUCCAGUGAUGACGACGACCAGGGCCCGAACGCCGCCGUAGAUGAUCUUGACGGAGAAAAGGAGUUGGAAAAGCAAGCUAAACAGGAACGAGCAAAGAAACGCCGAGCAGACCUAGCACUUACAAGCGUGGCGGGACUAAGAAAGAAACUGAAGACAGAUCCUACUCGACCAGCUGCACUGCUCUCUCAGGCCAAGCCGUCCAAGAAGAAGGAAAGAGUAACAUGGGUCCACGAUCCUGAUUCUGGUCGGAGUUCCCUUCGCAAGCAGACGAUUGCUCAUCGAGCGGAGACCAUCGCCCGCUUGAAGGAAAGCGAAGCGCAGAGCAAAAAGCUGAAAGCACUCAAGGAGCAACGGGACCGGGAACGUGCAAAGGAUGCUCCGAAAGAACUUACUCAGGCUGACAGGUUGGCUGAAGCAGCCCGAAUCGAAAAACAGAACGCUAAAAGUCUCAAUCGUUGGGAGACGAUGGAGAAGAAGAGGCAAGAGGAACAGGCCGCAAAGCUGGCCGCGCUGAAAAACAGAAAACUGGAAGGCCCUGUGAUAUCCUGGUGGAGUGCAAGGGCUACAUGGAUAGGGCCAAAACUCAGCAAGAUCGGCACAAAGGACGCUGGAGACGUCAAAGAGGGUGGCGUCGAGACGAAGAAGCGUGGCAGGAAGUCGAAAGCGUUUCUGGAGCAGCAAGCUGCCGUCAAAGAGGCGGAACGGGGAACACCAUUGCCACAGAAUAUGAGUGUAGAUACGCCAGUAUCAACGCAAGUAACCGCCCCGGCACCGGCAGCAGCACCAGCAGCAGCACCAGCGGUGCCCUCUUCGACGUCAAUUGAGCGUGAAGAGCCUCUUCAAGAUAAGAAAUCAGAUGCUACACCCGCACCCGAAAUCGACCAACCGCAAAUCCCGCUUGCUGCUCCGCAGCAGGAAGAUACCUUUCUGAAAGGCAUACAUGAGUACGCUACAUUGGAAGAAGACAGCAAUGCCAUGGUGGAUAACCCUGUCUCCGCUCCUCCUCAGGAUCUGAAUGCGCAACAAGCUAGAGACCAGAACCUAGAGGAGCAGCCAAAAUCAGGAGAUUUGUCCAACCUGGCCACGUCCCGAUCCAUUCAGACCGAGGAGACCAAGCAGACCGAGCAGACCGAGCAGACCAAGCAGACCGAGAGUGAGCCCGACCAAACUCCCCCAGAUCUUAUCCUCAAAGCAAAGACAUCACAAUCGGCCCAAUCGGUGCACCCUCCAAAGACAGAAGGGCCUCCGAUGACAGUCUCGACUGCGGAGAAAGGUUCCUCAGCGCCUGAGCCUUUGCUAGAGGUUGGAAUUCCAUCAGCUACAGAGCCUCGCUCAGCGCCUGAGCAUUUACCAACGACUGGGCCUUCAUUAGGUACAGAACCUCCCUCGGCGCCUGAGCCUUCAUCAACAACUGGACCUCCAUUAAUUAAAGAACUUCCCUCGGCGCCUGAGCCUUCAUCAACGACUGAACCUCCAUUAAUUACAGAACUUCCCUCGGCGCCUGAGCCUUCAUCAACAACUGGACCUCCAUUAAUUAAAGAACUUCCCUCGGCGCCUGAGCCUUCAUCAACGACUGGACCUCCAUUAAUUACAGAACUUCCCUCGGCGCCUGAGCCUUCAUCAACGACUGAACCUCCGUUAAUUACAGAACUUCCCUCGGCGCCUGAGCCUUCAUCAACGACUGAACCUCCAUUAGGUACAGAACCUCACUUGACGUCCGCAGUGGCAUCAGCUCCCGAACCGGAACCAGUUGUCGAGAGCUCAACACGAAAUAUCGUGAUAUUGGAAAGGUUCGAAGAGCUCUCUCCUGAGUCCCGACAAGAAUAUUCCUUCUUUUUCAACACUCGCAAGGCACCCAAACUAGUGAAGCACAGUCAAGAGCUGUGUCCUAUCACAACCUUGCCUGUGCGGUACCGGGACACCUCCACAGGAAUAGGAUUUGCCAACGUGGUUGGGUACAAGAAGCUCCAGGAAUUGAAACAACAUCGAUUCGCCUGGAGCAGCAUGCUUGGGUGCUAUGUUGGUCGAGAUGAUGGAGUGGUUGCGCGUGGAGUACCAGAAGGGUUUGUGGACAAGUAA